AUAAAUAAAUAAAUAUUCUUUUUUAAAGCUAUGUUUAAAAAUAUAUUUUACAACCAAAAGGUAAAUUUAUCUGUCACAAUCUCUUUGGUAUUGGUUUACCCUACCUAUGUAUAGUGAAAAUAGGACCUUGAUUUAAUAGAAACUUAGCAGCCUCUCACUUUUCUAGAAUGAGGGCAGGCUUUGGUAGCCACCGCUCACUCUGCACGCCCUCCCGAGCCCACCAUGGCCACUGUUCAGCAGCUAGUAGGAAGAUGGUGAUUGAUAAGUAGCAGUGGCUUCAACGAAUACAAUGAAGGAGCUAGGUGUCGGAUGGCUCUUCGGAAAAUGGGUGCGAUGGCCAAAUCAGAUUGUGUCAUCAGUGUUGAUGGAAAUCAUGUCACGGUCAAUAUUGAGAGCACUUUGAAAACAACACAGUUUUCAUGUGAUCUGGGAGAAAAGUUUGAAGAAACUACAGCUGAUGGCAGAAAAGCUCAAACUAUCUGCAGCUUUACCGAUAGUGCAUUGGUUCAACAUCAGGAAUGGGAUGGGAAGGAAAGCACAAUACCAAGAAAACUUGAAGAUGGGAAAUUAGUGGUGGAAUGCAUCAUGAACAAUGUUACCUGUAUCUGGGUCUAUGAAAAAGUAGAAUAAAAGGCUCCAUUAUCACUUUGGACAGGAAUUAGCUUCAGUGAUAAACAAGCUCAGUUCAAUGAGCAAAUCUCCCUACUGCUUUUUUUUUUUCCAUUUCUGUAUUCAAUUUUCCUUAUCACAAAUAUUUUACAAAUUUUUACAUGCAACUAUUUCAAAGUAUUGGUUUCAUUAGGCUUAUCCCUUUGGUUAGUAUAUAAAAUGUGUUUGUGCUAAAAAAAAAAAAAAGAGAUUUACUUUCCUGCAUUCCUGGAAGACAAGGGAGUUCUUAUUUGCUACUGAGCAUGGGACUCUGAAAGUAAGUUUGGGGCUACUGCAUAUAGUGGUGCAAGAUGUACAUUGUACAAUUUCAGAUAGAGAGACAUGAUUUUCUAAUGUGUAUGAAAGAACUGCUUACUCCCUCAGCUAGUCAUCUUCUGGGUCUAUAAUCGCUUGGAAAGGUUGUCUUUUCCUAAUUUGUACAAAAGUGAAAAACUUCAUAGCAGUAGGCUAUAUUUCUGAGACAUUCUUUACCAUACCAUCAAUUAUUGCCCUUCUUGGUCUGUGCCUGUAUGGACAGCUGGCAGUUAAUCUGUAUUUUAGUUGCUAAAUCAAAGACCAGUUGUUCAUUACACAUCAUGUUAGCAAAUGUGAUGAAUUGCCAGAAGAAGUAAACACUUAAAUUUGCUUUUCAAUGUUUUUUAUUCUGGGUUUGACCAUUAUAAAUAUAAGCAGUGAUUUGAUGCCUGUAGUAGUAAAUAUUAAAUAUAUCAAAUUAGAUUUUUUUAAUAGGACAGAUAUACUUAGCACUACUCUUGGAUAGGGGAGUUUUGAAUUUAAAAAGUUAAAAAUUUUUGCACUCUUUGCUAUAGAAUUGCCAUAAGGCAGAAACUUUCAUUCUGAUAAGUACACCAUUUCUUCUUA